AUGCUCUUUCAAAUGAAACCAAGAUUUCUCCCCACAUUUACCUUCACUGUGUGUGCCCUGGCCUUUUAUUUGAUCAGCAUUUCCUGCACAAAUUUCUUCUACCCUCUACUGAAAACUACACCAUUUUUAGACACAUUUUCGACGAAUAAUAAGAUCAGGGAUCCUCCACAAGCAACAGCUACGGCAGAUUCUCGUACUAAUCUCAGCCACCUUGUGUUCGGGCUCGUCGGUUCAGAACAAGCAUGGCAUCACAGAAAAGCAUACAUAGAAUCAUGGUGGCGACCCAACGGUACCCGAGGAUACCUAUUUCUGGACAAAGCCCCGUCUCCAGGGCUCCUCCCCUGGCCUGAAACUUCUCCACCGUAUAGAGUAUCUGAUGACCUGAAAGAACUUCUCAACAAAUCUGAAAUCCGGGCACAAAGAAUGGUGCAUGGUAUAAUGGAGGUUUUGAGGGAGGUGGACUAUGAGAACUUCCGAUGGCUGGUAAUGGGGGACGAUGAUUCAAUCUUUUUUGUGGAUAACAUGGUCGACGUUCUUGCGACAUACGAUCAUACAAAGUACUACUACCUUGGUGGGAAUUCUGAGUUUAUUUUGUCGAAUUACCUUUUCUCAUUCAACCAGGCUUUCGGUGGAGGUGGAAUCAUCCUGAGCUAUCCUCUGGCGAAAGCGCUGGCUAGAGACAUGGAAAAUUGUCUCAGGAGAUACGUGUUCUUGAAUUCUGCUGAUAAUACCACCAGGGCCUGUAUUGCUGAUAUUGGAGCAAACCUGUCGCCCCAAAAGGGAAAUCACCAGAUUGAUUUCCGUGGUGACAUUUCGGGUUUGUUAUUAUCUCAUCCACUGUCCCCGUUAUUGUCCCUUCACCAUUUCGACAUGGUGGAGCCAAUAUUUCCCGGCACGGACCGUUUUGAAUCGACGCGACUCCUCAUGAAGGCGGCGGCCGCUGAUCAGUCCCGGAUGUUGCAGCAAACCAUCUGCCAUCACAGGCAAAGCAACUGGUCUUUUUCCAUUUCUUGGGGCUAUUCUGCGCAAAUAUUCGAGAGAAUUAUGCCACGGAGUUAUCUGCAGAUGCCUGUGGAAACUUUUAAGCCAUGGGUAAGAACUCCGAGGCCUCCCAAUUAUUUGUUUAACACGCGAAAGCCCUCCAGGGAUCCCUGUGAAGCUCCUCAUGCUUUCUUCUUUGAAUCCGUGGAGAAAAAAACAGAGAGCGAUGAAAUUCUUACCAGUUAUUCUCGAGCAUGGCCUCGUGAUCUUCCAGCAUGUUCAUCAAGUGGCAAUCAUUCUGCAGAUUAUAUCCAAAGAAUUCAAGUCUUUUCACCAGCCAACAAGCGAACUCAGGUGGAUAGAUGCGAAUGCUGCGAAAUUGUUGGGGUAGACAGUAUUAAGGCAGAAAUCAAAUUUAGAGAGUGCAUGACAGAUGAAAUUAUCGCUUAA